AUGAAGUUCUCAAUCUGCGCAACGUUUGCACUUGUCACUGGGGCCCUGGCGGCGGUUGUGCCGGAUGUUCCUCGAAAUAUCGAGGAGUUCCGUCUUAAGCACCCCGUCGCUAAGCGGAACCCCAAUUGCCGCAAAACUUUCACCCCUCGUUCUUCCGAGAACGACACGGACGAUGUGUCAGCUUCCUUCUUGGAAGCCAUCAAGAACGCCAACAACGGCGGAACGGUCUAUCUUCCAGCCGACAAAACCUUCAUAAUCGGCAAGCCUCUUGACCUAACAUUCCUAAACGACAUCCACGUCCAUCUAGAAGGCACCAUUAAAUUCACGAACGACGUUGAGUUCUGGCAGGCCAAUGCGUUCUACCACCCCUUCCAGCGAUCUCUCAUGUUCUGGAAAUGGGGAGGCAAGGAUGUGAAGAUUUAUGGCGAGGGAGUCAUUGAUGGACAGGGUCAAAGAUGGUGGAAUGAGUUCUCAGGACUCGAAAUUCUGGACCCAGACAACGCGUACCUACGCCCUAUUCUCUUUUAUGCUGAACAUAUUGAGAAUCUGGUUGUCGAAGGCAUUCUGAUGAGGGACUCGCCUGUUUGGCACAACUUCAUCGUCGAAUCAAAACACAUUACCUACCGCGACGUCAUUGUUGAAGCAAAGUCGAACAACGCCACAGUCGAACCUAAGAAUGGAGACUUCUUCAACUCCCUUAACGUCGAGCAUAUCCGGAUCGAGCGAGUGUGGGUCGACUCAGACGAUGACUGCUUUUCUCCCAAGUCCAACAACACCGACAUACACGUGAACACGAUGUACUGCAACAACUCUCACGGUCAGUCUCUUGGAUCUCUCGGUCAAUACGAGGGAGAAUAUGUCUUUGUCAAAGAUGUUGUUAUCGAAAACGUAUGGAUGCUUAACGGCAACAACGGCGCCCGCAUUAAGGUCUGGGCGGGAGAGAGCGUAGCCACAGGCUUCGUGGACAACGUCACUUUCCGGAACUUCUACUCGGCCAACGACGACUGGCCCAUCUUCUUGGACUCUUGCUAUUUCAACAUUGACGCAGAGACCUGCAACAAAUUCCCGUCCAAGAUGAGCGUUAGCAACGUUCUCUUUGAGAAUUUCAAGGGAAUUUCAAGUGGAACCAAGGGACGAGCUGUGGCCCGGGUUAGCUGUUCCACGAACGAGGAGGGACGGUGCAAGAACAUCCAGUUCAAGAACUUCGACAUCAAGAGCCCAUGUGGAGACGAUGCAGUGGUAAUCUGCGACGGAAUCGACGGAGACCUCGGCGUCCCUUGCGUGCCUUUUGAUAGCGAGGAGGCCCAGGCUGCGCUGAAGGAUACGUGCAAAGGAGCUAGGGCAAGCAUUGAGCCGCCUUGGGACGUGAGAGAUUACGGAGCAAGAGAUUGGUAA